UUUCUGUCUCGUAGCGGUUCCGGGUUCUAAUGUUUACAUCGCUGUAGCUCCACAGCUUCUUCUUCGGACUAAUGAAACCUUCUUUUAUCCUAAAAACAACAUGUUCUCAGAGGUUUAGGAUCUGUAAACACUCACGAGACGCAGGCGGCAGGAUUCCCUUCAGCUGCUGACGCUCUAAACAGACAAACCAUGAAGAAGAAAAGCAGACGUCCGAGGUCAGCAGAGGCAUUGUGUCAGACCGGCGGGACGCAGACGACGGCGGAUGUCGGCGGGGAGAAGAGGCCGUCUGGAAACAGAGGAAGACCUCGGAAGACUGUUGCCGUAACGACGGACGGUUUCUAUGGAGACGCCGCUGCAAAUGACAAGACGGCAAACUCAGACUUCAGCAGGACAACGGCCGACGACGCCCAGAAACAUCCAGAGAACAAAUCCAGGACGGCAGCAGGUCGGCUGUCCACCGCCGUCUGUCGGCUCUGUCAUGGGAAGUUCUCCCCUCGCAGCCUGCGUCACGCCUUCAUCACGUGGCCUCAGGACUCCCUGGACGUGGUGGACGAGGAGUCGGACGGCGCCGCUCAGUCGCCGCUGCUCUUCCACUCGGACUUCCAGCGACUCGUCGGCGUCCAGCUGGACCGAGACCCUCGACUGUCAGAGUUCAUCUGCAAGAAAUGUCACGCCAAGUUCUACAAGUGCCACAGCAUCCUGGUCCGCUUCCUGCAGAGAGUCAACCUGCCGGCCGUCGGGAAGGAGAAGCUGAAGAACUCGAAGAAUGUAAAAUGUCCAGAGUCCCCAGUGAACCACAUUUCAGCAGCGCUGCCGUCCUUCACCUCCGACCCUCAGUGCCUCCACGGCCUGGUGUCCUGGGCCCACCGCCACGGGGAGGCCUGCCGCUCCUGCCCCGACCUGAAGGAGGUGCUGGAGGGCCGGUGCUGGGGCUCGGUGAGGGCCGUGUGGGGCUGUGUGGACGGACACCGCUACGUCAUGGAGGCUCAGUGCAGCGCCGCCUCUGGUCCCGGUUUAACGGUGAACCUGGGAGGAAACGGUGACGCUUCAGAGGAAGAGGAGGAGGAAGAGGAGGAGCCGGGAGGAAACAGCAGAAGCUCAGCAGGAAGUCACCUGGUCCAGAACAGUCCAGCUGCAGCUCAGAUCCAGAGCUCAGCGCUGGACGACUGGACCGCAAUCACGCAAGACUUUGCAGUUCAUGAGGAUCCUUUAUCUCCUGCAGCAGCUCAACUAGAGGACAGAACAGCUGACAGCGAUCUGUCUGACAGGGUGAUGUCUGAGGAGGAGUUUGAGGACAACAGGAAAGGAGGACUGUCAGACGAGGAGAUGUUUGAACCGUAUUCAGAUAAAAGAACCCGUCAGCUGAACGUCCCCAACAAGAAAAGACGAAACCCGAAGGCCCCCGAAGAGCCCAAAGUCAGGAAGAAACCAGGACCCAAACCAGGCUGGAAGAACAAGUUCAAACCUAAAGGAGAGGAGCUUCCCAACAUCUACAAGUGUCCCUAUCAGGGCUGUACGGCGGUUUACAGAGCUCCUGACGGUCUGAAGAAACACAUCAAGGAGCAUCACGAGGAGGUGAGGGAGCGACCGUGUCCUCAUCCCGGCUGCAACAAGGUGUUCAUGAUCGACCGCUACCUGCAGAGACACGUCAAGCUCAUCCACACAGAGGAGAGGAACUACAUCUGUGAUCAGUGUGGUCAAACCUUCAAGCAGAGGAAACAUCUGUCGGUUCACCAGAUGAGACAUUCAGGAGCCAAACCUCUGCAAUGUGAGGUCUGUGGCUUCCAGUGUCGCCAGCGAGCGUCUCUGAAGUACCACAUGACCAAACACAAGGCCGAGGCCGACCUGGAGUUCGAGUGUCUGAUGUGCCGGAAGCGUUUCGAGAAGGCCCACAACCUGAACGUCCACAUGUCCAUGGUCCACCCGCUGACCCAGGCCGAGGCCCAGAGAGGCGGCAGCCAGCAGCAGCAGCAGCAGCAGCAGCAGCCGUCGUCCUACUCGGACCUCCAGACCAUCACGCUGACCGGGGAGGUAGUCCAGCAGGAGCAGGACAGGUGACGGCAGGAGCUCCAGGUGAGCCGCUCAGGUCCAUGAACCCGGAUCAUUCCAGAUGAAUCCGCUUUAUCUAAGGACUUCCUCUGCAGCGCGACCUGAACGGAUGCAGCUGCUGUUUCUACGAGCUGAAAAUAACGCUCAGCUGCUCGGCUUUUAACCCUCCUGUUGUCCUCGUUUACAGGCACCAAAAAAUAUAGUUUCCUUGUCUGUAAAAAAUCCAAAAAUUCAGCAAGAAAAUUUCAAACUUUUCAAACUUUAAAACGGGUCAGUUUUGACCCGCAGGACGACACGAGGGUUAAACCGUAGCUUUCCUGUGUUUUUAAAGUUGGAAUCCUCAAGAUUUCAGUCAGAAAAAUGUCAGAAAUACAGCAAAAGAAGAAAGUUAAGUCUGGAUUUUCUUUACAUACACAGAUGCAAAGCAGAACAUAAUUGAAUAAAUAUCUUUAUUUAUUAAUAAUACAGAUUCCGCAGUAACCUGGGCUGUACACACAAACAACAGAACACCACUAACUGGAUUUACUGAGAUCAAAAAACAUUAUUUGGAAACCACUAGACUCCAGCAGCUGAUAAUCAGAAAAUAUGAAUACUGAAGAUAUGUCUAGAAUGACACAAAAACAGUCUAAAAUGACUUUAAAAUGAUCCAAAAUUUUGACAUUUUCAGUAUGAAAAACAUUUUUUGAUAGAUUUUAAAUAAUUUUUCACUAAUCUCAAGUGGUUUUGGAGUUUUUCUUUGACCUUUUCGACUUUCAUUUAAUCAUUUGGAACAUUUUUUGCAAUUUCUGACAUUUUUAAAAUAAUCUUGCAAAUAAUUGGCCAAAUUCUAAGUUGUCGACUGAAUCAUUCAGAACCGACUUUAAGUCAUUUUGAACAUCUCUCAUUUUGGACAAUAUCUGAAUACAAAACGUGAAAUUCUCAGGAGGAAAAACACGUUUGAGUUCUGGUAAAAACUGACACCAGAUCAGUUUUACAUCCAUCCAGGAGUCACAGUCUGAAGACAGAUUAGGUUGUUUGACGUCACGCUGCACCACCGUUCGGUCGUAGUUUGCUGCCGUUAUUCAAGUUUGUCCGACUGGGAAAAGAAAACAGGAAGCACAUGUUUGAAUUUUGAGAUUUAACCACUUUUCACACAGUUCAAAGCCAAAAAUCUGAAUUAUUUAUAUUCUGCAGCCUUAAAAGCAGCUGCAACCAACUGAAUGUAUGUUUUGGUUGUUAAAUGACUGAACUCAAACAUUAAAAAAUGAGCUGAAAUGUAAAUUUUUUUCCCAAAAUAUAAGAAAUCCUGCUGCUGUUGUUUGUGAGCGUCACUGAUUAGCCGACUGAUGGAUUCAUAGAGCAAAAGAACAUUAAAUUAGUGCCCAAAUAUCCAACUAAAAUUAAUCAUUUUUCUACUAUUGCUGUUGUUGGUUAAGAAGUUAAACAAAUUCAAGGUUUUUGCUGCUACUUAAAGCUCAGCUGCUCAGAAAACCUCUAAAAUGACCUCUCUCUUGGUUUUAGCUGCAUUUUUUCAUGACAAAUGCACCGUUAUUUCUGUGUUUCACAAUAAAAGCCUCCCUAUGUUUUACCAGUGCUUUUAUUGUGAAGCAGCAGGAAAUGUGUUGAUUUCCAGACUAUAAACACAAUUGUUGGUGACUGUAGGUGAGAAAUCUUAAGGAUUCUAACUUGACGUGGUGCCUGCUACAGAUGUGACGUAGAGAUGAGUUUAUGCUUCCUGUCCACUGUCCGGUACGGUGGCCUGGAGAGCUCAAAACACUCUCAGCUUCAUGAAACACAUGAAGGGAAAACAUCUUCACCGGUUUCACAUCAAACACAAGAAAAUACAGCUCAAAACACUGCAGAAGAAAUAUUUCAGGAGACGCUAGAGAUGAAGGAACACAGUGAAGACGUGUUUGUUGUUGAUUACUGAAGUCAACCGUCCCAAAAUGAGCUGUAAUAUAAAGAUUUCUAGCAAGUAUAAAAAUGUUAUUUCAUAUUUCUGUACUGGUUUUUAGAGCUACACUGAUUAUCCAACUAAAAGUGGAGUUAAAUUAGUGUCAAAGUCAUUUGUCAAGCCAAAAUUCUAGGCUUUAGGUUCUCAAAUUUGAGAAACUGCUGCUUUUCUUUGCCUCAGAUUCAGUUAAAUGUGAUAUUUUUGAGGCCAAACAGAGCAAAAACACAAGAAAAUACAGUAAAUAAUUCCACCAAGUAGAACAGACUCCAGCAGAAAUAUUUCAGGAGACACUAAAAGCCAAAUAAUACAGCGAGGACAUGCUUGUUUGUUAAAUUACUGUAUUUGACUGUCUGAAAAUUAACUAAAAUAUGUAUUUUUUUAUAAUUAGUGUAAAAUAUUGCUGCUGUUAACCCUGCAGCAAUUCAACUAAUCCAAAAGAAAGAUGAUUAUCAUUUAAAAGUCUUUUUUCCAGCAAAAAAAUCUUUAAAUUUAGUAGUUGUGAGUUCUCAGAUUUGAGAAUUUGCUGCUUUUCUUUGCCUCGGCUUCAGUUAAAUCUGAUAUUUUUUAGUUUUUUCCUUCCGCUAACUUCUGUUUCCUCGUGUUGUCGUUCCAUCUUUGUUACUUAAACGCACCUCGAAGUGUUGAGGAGGCUUCUGGAGGCGCUUGACAUGAGUAUGUCCUAGAAAUGCUGCGCUAAUUUCACAUUAAACACACAACUAAAUAGCAAUAAACACAAGUAAACAGAACAAAUAAUGCUGCUGAGUAGAAAAGACGACAACCGAAAUAUUUCAGGACACGUUUUUUCUUUACCAACUGUCCCAAAAUAAGCUAAAUAUUUUUUGACACAAUUUAUUGUUUGAAAAGUAAUUUUUCAAGAAUAAAAAUCCUUAAACGUGGUGGUUUUAAGUUCUCAGAUGUGAGAAUUUGCCACUUUUCUCUGUCUCAGAUUCAGUUAAUCAGAUAUUUUUCUGAUUUUAUUCUGUAAAAUAGAUUUAAUUUAUUCUCUUUAUGCUAAAUUAAACUGUGAGGGACAUUUAAUACAGGUUUGAUUUGACAGAUGUGAGACACAGCUGUGCUCAUAAAUAACCGUCGUGGAGAAUUUCUUAUUUUUGCAACUUGGAAACUAAGAUGCGAGGAAAAGACGUCAGCAAAACAAAAAGUUAUUCCAAAGCAUGAUCAGUGUCUGCUGUGGAAUCGGUGGAGAUGUUUCCUCUGCAGUGUGUUGGCCUCUCUGGGCUUCCGUACUUUGAUCUAUAUGAACAUUUUAUCUGCUGGCUGAAGGUAUUUACAUCUAUAACCCACAUUAAUGCAGCUCUCAGUCAGUUCAGAGCUCUUAUAGCUGUGCAGGACAUGCAGUUUUCUAGUUUUAUGGAGUGUUUUUAUUAAGUUAUUUCUACGUUCUCUCCUCUCUGUACUGUAGCAGUGAAAGGGCUUCACCUGUACAUUUGUGUAAUAAAGUGUGUAUUCUGUGUAAAAAGACGUGUAAAUAAAAUGUGGAAGGUUUUUUUUACUAA